AUGCUCACCCCUAGCAGAGCUCCAUUCUACAGCAUCGUCCUAGGAAACGUGGCUACACCACUUGGCUCAGUGGUCCUGCCAGUUACCUCUGGGACGAAGGACAACCAUCGCACCGAGUACAUCAAGCUUGAGGUGGCUGACUUUGAGUCAUCAUACCAUGCCAUCAUCGGUAGACCAGCACUAGCCAAGUUCAUGGCCGUACCCCACUUUGUCUACCUGCUACUCAAGACGCCAAGCAAGACAGGCAUACUCAUGUUUCGUGGCGGCUUGAAGAAGUCAUACGACUGCGACCAUAAGGAGAUCAAGUACGCCGCGACAUCACACGUGCCAGAGCCUUCUGCGGAAGUACUCGCGUCCGUGCAAAAGCUCACCGACUCAGAGAUGGAGAUCUCCAGCUAG